AUGUCGUCCUCUCAGCCCUUCCAACCGUCCUCUCCAUUAGCAAGCGGCAAGAGAAGGAAGUCUCGCUUUACAUACAAGCAACUUCACUUGCUCAGCCAGUCUUCAACUAGCUGCCCAUUGAGGGUCAUCGCUUUAAUCGACUAUGACGCCUUUUACGCUCAGUGUGAAAUGGUACGGUUAGGUGUCGCUGAGUCUCAACCUCUAGCUGUUCAACAAUGGCAGGGUCUGAUUGCCAUAAACUAUCCAGCGCGCGACUAUGGGCUGAGCCGACACGUCACCAUCACUGAGGCGAAAUCAAAGUGUCCAGAGAUUGUAGUCCAGCAUGUUGCUACCUGGAGAGAAGGCGACACCAAGUGGGCUUAUCGAGACGAUGCCGCCAGCCAUAUUCAAACCGACAAGGUAUCUCUGGACCCGUAUCGGCUCGAAUCUAGAAAGUCUCUGGCUCUGGUUAAAGAGAUACUACCGCCACCCCCUGUGCAGAAGGUUGAAAAGGCCAGCAUCGACGAGGUCUUUCUCGACCUGUCUGCGCAGAUCCAUCAGAUACUUCUCGAAAGAUAUCCCGAACUCAAGUAUGCGCCGUACGAUGACCCCACCGAACACCUGCCAUUGCCGCCAUCGACUGCGUUGGACUGGCAAGCCGAUGCUCUUGUAGAUCUCGACUCGGCAGAAACUGAAGAUGACGAUCCAGACUGGGACGAUGUUGCCAUGAAUAUUGGGUCGGAGAUCGUACGUGGUGUGCGUGCCGCCAUCCGCGAGAAGCUCAAAUACACUUGCUCAGCCGGCAUUGCGCGCAACAAGAUGAUGGCGAAACUGGGUGCCGGAUACCGAAAACCUAAUCAGCAGACAAUCGUGCGGAAUCGGGCAGUGCAACAUUUCCUAUCGGGCUUCAAGUUUACCAAGAUUCGUAACUUGGGUGGGAAACUCGGUGAGCAAGUGGUGGACACGUUCAACACCGACGAGGUCACAGAACUUCUCAAGAUCCCCAUUGAACAGCUCAAGUCAAAGCUAGGAGAAGAGACAGGCACGUGGCUCUAUGGGAUCAUUCGGGGCGAAGACCAUAGCGAAGUCAGCUCUAGAACACAAAUCAAGUCGAUGUUGUCAGCAAAAUCCUUCAGGCCGAGCAUCAACACGACGGACCAAGCGAACAAAUGGCUGCGUAUCUUCGCUGCAGACAUAUACUCUCGUCUCGUUGAGGAAGGCGUGCUAGAGAACAAGCGGAGACCGAAGACGAUAACUUUACACCAUCGUCAAGGCGGACAAACGAAAUCCAAGCAAUUGCCCAUUCCCUCGGGCAAGAAGAUCGACGAGACCAUCUUGUUCGAGCUUGCAAAGACACUACUUGGACAAGUCAUCAUGGAAGGUCGGGCAUGGCCUUGCGCCAACCUCUCGCUCAGCGUCGGAGGUUUCGAAGAAGGCGUGGCGGGAAACAAGGGUAUCGACACCUUUCUCCUCAAAGGCGAAGAAGCCAAAGCUGCCAUCGAUACACCGCCUCGGAGUAAUACCACUACACCCAACCUCGAACAUUCUCGGCCACAAAAGCGUCGAAGAGUAAAUGACGGUCCUAACAUUACCCGCUUCUUUGCCAGGGGUGAAAGCACAGAGGAGGCCAACGAAUCCGCCGAGGAAGAUAUGAUAGCGCAGGAGCAUCAGCUUGAAGAAACCGAAGAUAGCAACGAGGUACGGCGCGACGAAGGACCCGAUCGACGCCUCGCACCCGCUAUGCACGAACGGGACAUCGCAACCUACUUCUGUCAACAAUGCCAGAAGCCGAUCAACGAAUCCGACCGUGGCGAGCAUGAAGAUUGGCAUUUUGCUAAACAGCUCCAGGCCCAAGAAGCGCCCAUCGUGUCAGAACCAACGAACAGCCGUCCUCCUGGAUCUGUGCAGACGAGUAGAACGAAACGAGGAGGGACAGGGUCAAGUAGUCGAGGUCGAGGUUCAAAACCACAAAAGGGUCAAAGUAGACUCGCUUUUGGAUAG